GCGCAGACCGCUGCUCAUGAUCAGUACCUUGGUGGAAUAUCAGAGUGGAGUUCGCACAUAUGUAGCACAGAUCCCGCAAGGAUUAUGACAUGAAAACGUUAGCAGGGCUUUUGAUGCUAGUUUUUACACUACUGGAUAUUAAUGGAUCUUACGGGGCUGAUGACCAACAGUCCCUAGAUAUUCAACAAGGAAUAGUCAAGAGUGGAAUACAAAAUGUCAGUGGAAUUAUCAACAAUCUGCUUCAAGGCUAUGAUAUUAGACUUCGUCCAUCGUUUGGAGGUGAUCCCCUUGAGAUUGAAAUGGAAAUUGUGAUUGCCAGCUUCGACAGCAUCUCGGAAGUAAAUAUGGACUAUACAAUAACUCUAUAUCUUAAUCAAUACUGGAGAGACGAACGUCUCAAAUUCUCCGAUGACAAAAAGGAACAAAUGACAUUGACAGGAGACUUUGCUGAAAAGAUUUGGGUGCCGGACACUUUCUUUGCCAAUGAUAAAAACUCUUUUUUACAUGAUGUGACGGAGAAAAAUAAAAUGGUCAAAUUAUACGGGGAUGGAUCUAUCACAUAUGGAAUGAGGUUCACCACGACAUUGGCCUGCAUGAUGGACCUCCAUUACUAUCCCCUUGACCAACAGAACUGUACAGUUGAAGUGGAGAGCUAUGGCUAUCCUAUGGAAGAUGUUGUCAUGAUCUGGAAGGACGGGAAGAAGUCAGUUGUUGGCGUGGAAAGGAUAGAACUGCCACAGUUUUCAGUCAAAGAAUACCGCACCAUUUCCACUGUUGAAUCCCUUUCCACAGGGAGAUACCAACGCCUGUCGUUGAGCUUCCUCCUGGAAAGAAACAUUGGCUAUUUUAUUUUCCAAACCUAUCUGCCUUCCAUUCUCAUUGUGAUGUUAUCAUGGGUCUCCUUCUGGAUCAACCACGAGGCAACUUCCGCCAGGGUCGCCCUGGGCAUAACCACUGUACUGACGAUGACCACGAUAAGCACAGGUGUCCGGUCGUCACUGCCUCGUAUCUCGUACGUCAAGGCAAUUGAUAUCUACCUGGUCAUGUGCUUCGUGUUCGUCUUUGCUGCGCUACUAGAAUAUGCAAUGGUAAACUAUACCUACUGGGGAGCCAGGGCAAAGAAGAAGGCAAAAUCAGCCUUGAAGAAGCAAGAAAACUAUAACAGGGCAAAUACAGAGGAAAAUGAAUACGUGAGAGAAAAUGACAAAGAGCACGAGGCAAUAGAACUCCAGGACAUUAGAAUGUCACCCAUUCUAAGUUUACGCAACAAACAAAACUAUAACUUUGAUGAGAAUAGUGUUCGGGUGACUCCGUCAUUCCGAAUGCCGACGACAGUGCCGAGGGCAUCAUAUCCGGUGCGCACAGGACACUCGCAGCUCAUACGCCGCAGAAACCAGUCUAACGUACAAAGGCGAAAACGAGUAAUGACUCAUAUCAAAAAGAAAGCCCAGGAAUUUCGGUCUAAAAUCCCACAGAUACGUGACGUAAACAAAAUUGAUAAAUACUCGAGACUGGUCUUUCCUUCAUUAUUUAUUCUAUUCAACUUGUGCUACUGGUGUUUUUACUUAAUACGAUAGAUUGAGCUGCAGGAUACGACGUAGUUAGCGUAACCCUAUCACCGGAAGUGGCGACAGUCUUUUACGGGAAAGUCUCUGGACAGAUUCUGAGUUGAAGGUUGACAGAACCAUGGACGGUUCAGUCAUUUUGGCAGCGUUAGGAACGCGUGACGAGAUCCGUCCGCACUGACCACGCUGGGGUGAGAUUGGAGGAGUUUGGUGGAUGGAAGACAACCUGGAACGAGCUUACUUGGGCCUCGCGCCACGUAGCGAGGAAAGUUGUCACUAACAUUAAAAACAACUCGGAUUGAUUUUGCUGACGUCAUUUAGUUUGAUUACCGAUUCACCCACGACAAAGUGUAACUUUCAUCACUAUGAAAUAUGCGUUUGUUUACUUUAACCCUUUGCGAAAGUCUUUUUUGUCAGCGUGAUAGCUUGUCAUGUACAUCUUUCUUUUUAUCAAAUAUGGAGGUUGUAACUAUCCGUCUGCUGGACCCAUACUGGGUUCCUCGGAUAGGCCACGAACGCAAAGCAAUGUGUAUUCCGUUGUAAAUUAGCUAGCUUAAUAGUGGCACCUCGUUUGAAACACUCUGUUAAUGUUGUAGUUAGUUACAAAGUAUCAUUAUAAUGUCAACGAUUCACUGUUAGUUGUUAUAAUUGUCAACAAGGUCAAAGGUGUUUUUAUUUAUUGUUUGUUGGUAGAUCUGAGCGUAGAUUUCUAUGCAUGGACAGUGCACCAUUUUCAAAUCACUGUAUAUAACAUUGUCAUUGGGUGGCUAAUUGAAAUGUAUUGCCCCUUGUUAGUUGUAAUCUGGUGCCUAGGUCCCAGGGUAUAUAUAAUUAUACAUGAUACGUAUAAACACAGGUUUUAUAGAAAAAUACAAUUUGAUCUAUACCGUCUCGAGGUUGUAUUUCUCUCCAAGGUAUCAUUUCCAUUCUUAAGUUAUUCAAGCGAAUGGUAAAAAUCAAAGUUAUAGGAAUUUAUUUCCGACCUCACCAGCUCGAAAAGGGUUUUAUUCAGAAUGUCUGAUGAUAGGUCACAGGGACACCAGGGCCCACUUGUUCAAAAGCUCAAAAGUCACGUUAUCCCUAACGGUUACGUUAAGUAUCCUCAAGGAAGUUACCUCUUUCAGUUAAACUCACUGAAAUGUUCACGCUAAGACUUUAAUGUCUCCGUUAAAGCUAACGUGAUUUUGAACAACUCAGCCCUGGCAAGCAGAUUCGAACGAUGGGCAAGAAAGAUAGGUACUUCGGGUGAGAUUAAGCUCAUUGUUGAUGGGUCAUAUGUUUUACGGACACGAGUACCAAGCAUAGACGUGAAUUGAAAUGAGGCUUUGCAGUAUGGAUGGUUUGAAUCACCUUCCAUUUGGUUUAUUCGGCAUAGCCUGUCGUGCAAUAGUCGUGAUAAGCGAGUUGGCGUGGAAGGGAAAGUUGGCGCAAGUACUUUGCAUUGUUUACAUCGCGUGGCAAAUUUGGUGCAGGAUUCAAAUCAACAUCCGUCUACUGACGCUAUAUGGGAAUGGUUUAACUUUAUCGUUGUGAUAUUUCGUGAUCAUAAUAUCGUCAUUUUGUGCAUACCUAAGUUGUAUUUAAUUGUUGAUGAUUCUGCCAUGUGCUAGACUACUUGGUCUGUAAGUUGUAUUGUAACGAAACAGGCAUAUUCCUGAGGUAUCGGUAUGUCUACAUCGAUGUGCCGAUCCCCUGCAGUCCGGCUGUAAACCCGUAUUCUGGCAACUAUAUACGCCGUUGGUACCCCCUCUCUUAUCAUUUUCUGCCCCAAGGCGUGGCACACGUUCCUAAAAGACCGCGGAGGCCAACAUGGAACUCUUAAUUACCAGUAUGAUGCUGAGGUCUGAACCAAUUUCUAUAACCGAACAGGAUCUGUGAUCCUUGAUAUCAAAGCCCGAACGGGAAGUCUGUUGAACAUGUUCAACUCUCAAACAUGUCAGAUUCCUCUGGAUAUUCAUGGUUUCGUGCAAAGGCCUCGAUUGCUGAAUGUGCUGAAUGUGCUGCGCAUGCUGUACCUACUCUAAGGUUGUACUCACAGGUUGUAGGUUGUCUUUGGUCGAACACCUUGGUCAAAUCUAUGGUGCACCUGACCUGAAAAAAGAGGAGUUAUUAGUGAUGAUCGUGAAAGUUAGUGGGGUCUACUCUCUGUGAGAUUUGCACCACACGUUGGUUGAAAUAAGGAUCAUAUUCGAUGGCUGCUCAAUCAUUCUGAUACUGAACGCCUACAGGCCAGAGAAGGCGUCUUUGCGAUGCAAUAUCAACUCGUUUGGUCAGAUAAAGGCAAAUAAUAUUAGAGACAAACAGAGUAAUGAGGUUUUUUUCACAAUCCAAGCAUAAUAAUCUGUGUUGUAUUUUCGUUACCAUCAUGCACCUUAUAGACAUUGAAUCCUGUCUGAUGGAAUAAUUCACACUUUACAGAAGGCUUACCUUAAACCCCUCUCCUGCAAUUCGCAGACAAAAGGUGUCAGCACAAUGAAUUCCAACUUCUUCUCUGACUGAGAGGUUCUCUUUAACUCCAGGCGAUAGAUAUUCAUUUAUCAUGACCCAUCUUGUGAAAAUAUUUGAUUACGAAAUCUGAUAAAUUUUGCAAUGACUGAUCUUCCCUGAAAGCUGUUUCCCAAAUUAAUCAAAAAACAACUUUCCACCACAUCAUCCGUCUGAGCAUGAUAUAACAUAAAAAAAUAACAUAACACUUUAAAGUCUGUAAACACGUCUUUCCGCUGUGUUAACGUGAUUAAGGCAUAGUUUUUACUUCAGCAGUUGAUAACUUGUCAUGGUUGUGAUAUCAUUGGCUAUUCUGCCUUUAUGUUAAAGAGAAAAUGCCAGUCACCAAGGGAUUCAGCUCCCGGGUUCCCGGUAGCUGGGCUUUAUUAGAUUACUAUAAACGGCAGUACGUAUUGAAAUAUCAAGAUUGAUAAGUCUGGAAAAGUUUGACAUUUUUUAGUCUUACCUCAGUCAUACUCUUGAAUGUCUUGGCAACUUGGAAAGUUGGGAAAGCUGUCUGGAAAUGUUUUCAACCUGUCAAAGUGACCCUGCAAAACAUUAAAGUGUCAAAAUAUCGUUUUCUUUUUUGCCCCGACUCUCGUAUUUGAAAGAGAAGGGCGUAAGGAAGAGGUACAAAUAUGCGCAGUCUGUGCUAGCCUGCAAUAUGUUCCAUCUCAUUAGUCUCAUCCCAAGCCGGCAGUAAAGCUACAAUGCCUGGGCCUCGUUGUUAUUCUUUUUACUUUCCAAAUCUGUCAGAACUUUUGAGAUAACUUUACCAGCUUUUCUCCGACACCCUGUAACAUCUGUAAUUCAUUGUCUAUUUGAACUUAAUGUAUCAGAGUAAGUUUUACAAUGUCUUGUGUCGUGAAGGUGAUGUAGCUUCAAUUUUACCAGGCGGUCUACAUAUGGGACAGUUAUAAUCUGUUACCUAAAUUUGGUCUGAUUUUGUACCUCGAGGAUGGAAAAUAAACUACCAUUUACACUA